GUGUUGGUUGGAGAAAUGGCAGCCACAGGGGUGCUGCCGUUUGUGAGGGGCAUAGACCUAAGUGGCUAUGAUUUCCAGGAAGGAAAGUUCCCCAAGGAUGUGGCUGAUAUGAUUGGAUUGAGGUGGCUUUAUGUCAACGAUUCCAAUCUUGAUAAACUUCCAGAUGAACUUUCGAAUCUCAAUAAGUUGGAACACAUUUCUCUGGUCAGAAACAACUUGGUCAGCAUUCAUGGCGAGCUCUCUGACCUGCCAUGUCUAAGAGUAAUCAACUGCAGGUACAACAACCUGAGAAAUACAGGGAUUCCAACAGACAUUUUUAGUCUAGAGGAUCUGUCUACUCUUGAUUUUAGUCACAACCAGCUGAAAGAGGUUCCUGCUGAUUUAGAACUUGCCAAAGGCUUGUUAGUCUUGAAUCUAAGUCACAACAAAAUCGAGUCUAUCCCAUCACCAUUAUUUAUCAACCUCACAGACAUUGUUCAUUUAGAUUUGAGUGACAAUCAACUGACAACCCUUCCACCUCAGAUGAGAAGACUGUCAAAUCUGCAGACAUUGAUUCUGAACAAUAAUCCCCUGCAGCAUGCUCAACUUAGACAACUUCCAGCCAUGGUUUCACUUCAAACACUCCACAUGAGAAACACACAAAGAACUUUGGGAAACUUUCCUUCAGGGGUAGAUACGCUAGAAAAUCUCACAGAUAUUGAUCUAUCCAAGAAUGACUUGCCAAAGGUUCCAGAGCCUAUCUACAAACUGCUAUCUAUCAAGAGAUUAAAUAUAAGUGAUAACAACAUCACUGAAUUGUCUUCACUUGUAGACUCUUGGUCAGAACUGGAAGUGCUAAACGCAUCAAGAAACAAGUUAACAGCUUUACCUGCAUCAAUUUGUAAACUGACCAGACUGAAGAGGCUCUACCUGAACUGCAACCAGCUGGACUUCGAAGGGAUCCCUGCUAGUAUUGGCAAGCUACAGGAACUGGAGGUUUUCAGUGCAGCAAACAACAACCUUGAAAUGAUACCUGAAGGGCUGUGCAGAUGCACAAAGCUGAAGAAGCUGAUUUUAAACUGCAAUAGGCUGAUAACUCUGCCAGAUGCAUAUCACUUCCUCACAGACUUGCAGGAACUAGACGUGCGAUACAACCCUGACAUUGAAAUGCCUCCCAAGCCAAAAGAACUGCAGGUUGGCAGUGGCAUUGAGUAUUACAACAUUGACUUUUCGCUCAACAACCAGUUGAAGCUGGCUGGUGCUGUGCCCACAACUCCUACUGGCCAGACACCACCUCACAAAGACCCAGUUGCAAGGAAAAAGAGGUUGCACAGAAGAAGGGAUACUGGAGAAGGCAAAAGCUCAGACCAAGUGCUGAAGGGAAUGAGAGAUAUUGCCAAGGACAAAAACAAGAAAUCAUCUCCAUCAAAAGAAGAAGAAAAAGAGCCCAUAAAACCAAAGAGAUGGGAUGAAAACCUCCAGAAACCACAUUUGGAUUACAGUGAGAUCUUUGAAGAGGAUGUAGGACAAAUUCCAGGAUUGACAGUGUGGGAGAUUGAGAACUUUUUGCCGGUAGAACUAGAUGAAGCCUUCCAUGGAAAGUUCUAUGAAGCAGACUGUUACAUCAUACUGAAAACCUACAUUGAUGACACUAGUAGUCUGAACUGGGAGAUCUACUAUUGGAUUGGAGAGAAGGCAUCGCUGGACAAGAAGGCAUGCUCUGCUAUCCACUCAGUGAAUCUGCGUAAUUUGCUGGGUGCUGAGGGGCGGACAAUACGUGAGGAAAUGAAUGACGAGUCUGAUGAAUUCAUGGAUCUCUUUGAAAAUGACAUACACUACAUUGAAGGUGGGAGGACAGCCAGUGGGUUCUUUACAGUGGAAGAAAAUGUAUUUGACCCAAGAAUGUACAGAGUGUCAGGAACACAGACGGUGCAUCUUGAACCAGUGCGUUGCCAUGUCAACUGUUUGGAUCCCCGUUUUGUUUACAUGAUUGACUGCAAGAUGGAAAUUUAUAUCUGGAUGGGACCCAAAGCUAAGAAUGUCACAAAAACAAAAACAAGACUUGUAGCUGAAAAAAUCAAUAAGAAUGAAAGGAAAAACAAGGCAGAAAUCUUGAUGUUUGCCCCAGGAUUUGAGAGUCCAGAGUUCUGGAAAGUUCUGGGAGGUCCACCGGGAGUUAGGGGUAUUAGAGAAAUCGUCCCAGAUGACUGGAAGCCUACUGUUCCUAAGCUGUAUAAAGUGGGAUUGGGAAUGGGAUACUUGGAGUUGCCUCAAGUUGAAGUUCCCCAUAAGAAAUUAGUACAAGGGCUGCUGAAGACCAAGAAUGUUUACAUCUUAGAUUGUCAUUCUGAUGUUUUUAUCUGGAUUGGAAAGAAGUCUACACGCCUUGUACGAGCUGCAGCCUUGAAGCUGUCACAAGAAUUAUGCAGCAUGUUAGACAGACCAGCAUUUACCAGAGUCACACGAUGUCAAGAUGGCACUGAAUCCCAACUCUUCAAGAUGAAGUUUGUUGGUUGGGAUGAUGUUAUCGCAGUGGAUUACACCAGGACUUCAGAGUCUGUGAUCAAGAGGGGAGUUGACCUCAAAGUCAUUAUGGAGAGGGACAAGAUUAAGACAGACCUUUCAGCUCUUUUCAUGCCAAGACAGCCACCAAUGUCCAACCAAGAGGCAGAACAGCUGAUGGAAGAAUGGAAUGAAGAUUUGGAUGGCAUGGAAUCCUUUGUUUUAGAGGGCAAGAAGUUUGUGAGGCUGCCAGAUGAAGAAUUGGGUCACUUCUACAGUGAGGAUUCCUAUGUGUUCCUGUGUCGGUACUGGGUGCCUGUGGACUCUCCAGAGGGCACAGGGGAUGAGGACAAUGAGGAGGAGGAACCCGAGGAUGACUUCAAAUGUGUGGUGUACUUUUGGCAGGGAAGAAAUGCUGGGAACAUGGGGUGGUUAACCUUCACUUUCAGUUUGCAGAAGAAGUUUGAAGCCCUCUUUGGAGACAAACUGGAAGUUGUUAGAACACAUCAGCAACAAGAAAACCUGAAGUUUUUGUCUCACUUCAAAAAGAAGUUUGUGAUUCACCAAGGCAAGAGGAAUCCCAACAGUGAGGAACCAGAAAAUGUUGAAUUGUAUCAGAUUAGGGCCAAUGGCAGUCCCCUUGCUACAAGAUGCAUUCAGGUUCCUGUUGAUGCUUCAAAUCUCAAUUCUUCCUUCUGUUUCUUGCUGAAAGUGCCAUUUGAUAAUGAUGACAUGCAGGGUAUAAUGUAUGUCUGGAUAGGAAGAAAGAGUGACCCUGAGGAAGCAAAACUGGCAGAGGAAAUAGCAAGGGAACUGUUUGAUGAAACAUACACAGUACAAAUCGUCUGUGAAGGUGUUGAGCCAGAGAACUUCUUCUGGGUUGGAAUUGGAGGCAAGAAGCCUUAUGAGAAGACAGCAGAGUUCAUGAAAUAUGCCAGGCUUUUCAGGUGCUCAAAUGAGAAAGGUUAUUUCACAGUCUCUGAGAAAUGCUCAGACUUCUGCCAGGAUGACCUUGCUGAUGAUGAUGUCAUGAUUUUAGACAAUGGUGAACAAGUAUUUUUGUGGCUUGGGAGAAAAACCAGUGAUGUGGAAAUCAAGCUGGCUUUCAAGAGUGCACAGGUCUAUGUCCAGCACAUGAGGAACAAGCAACCAGAUAAACCAAGAAAACUGUUGCUUGCCCUUAAAAACAAAGAGAACCAGAGAUUUACCAAGUGCUUCCAUGGCUGGGGCAAAUUUAGGGUGGCCCCUGAGUAACCUCAUUAAUACUAUGAUAGUAUAUAUAUAUUACGAUGUAUUUUGAGCUGUUUAAGUACUAGAGCCUUUGAAUAGCCUGCUGCUGCUUGGAAUAAUUAGCAAUUACAUGAGUGAGAAGACUUUCCCAUUAAAGUGCAAUAUAUACUGAGAUGGCACACAUUGAAAAUUUAGCAAAUUCUGAAUUGACUUCCUGAAACUUUUACAGUUUAGCUGUGUAUAGUUUAUGCAGAUAUCUUUCUACUAUUUAUUUUGUGAUUUCUUUUGUAAAAUAUAUUUCCUGAAUCUGAUUGUGAAAUUUUAUCCUGCUAAUUUAUAUUUGUAAAGUGAAAGUGGAUCUUUGCACUGCUUACAAUAAAACAUUGUAUACCCAGUGUUGUUCUUGUCCUGUUUGCC